AUGGGCGCAGGAAAAACUGACGUGGAUAGCUCGCGUAUGUGCCUAUCAGGGAAUUUCUUUCUCUAUUGUGUGGGCAUAGUGUAUGCACAUACAUACGCUACUGCAAAGCCCAGACUCCCGCCGCCCAAUGCUCGCAUGGACAUGGUAUCUGCGCAAAUUGACCGCGGUUUUUUGGUUUACGAUAUUCAGCUAGUGGAUCCACACGUUGCUUCAACACAUCGUGGUAGAGCACUUAUCCACCGGGAGAAACCACGGCCGUCGGGUCAUGGCACUGGUACCGAUGACUAA